GCUUUUGGGUUGGGUGGCGCAUACGACGCGGAUAUACGUUGCCACUAGCACUAGAUAAGGCUGCGUUAACCCUCCGGCCGUUCUGCUUGCAGGAGAACCUUUUGAGGUGAGGCUGCAACCAGUAUAGACACAGCAUCCAACACUGCAUUUGAGCCACACUGCAUUGAGCCGCUGCCGCCGCAGCUUUGACCAGCUGAUAUUGCAAAAGAAUAGCAACACUGCACGGCAUCACAAGCGCGGGCAAGAUCAUGCAACGCACGCGCAGCUCGCGCGCCGGCGGCGACGAGGAGGACCCGGGCAGCGACGACUACGACCGCAAGCGGAAGGGCGGCGCCGGCCGCAAGGCCGUCGGGCUCUGCUGCGUCGUGCUGGCCUGCUGGGUGCUCUGCGUGGUCGCCGCGGGCCUGGAUGCGGCCGCGCGGCUGCCGCCCCCAAAACCGCCCGUUAGUCCAGCGGAGGCGGCGGCCGCCGUCGAGCACCUCCGGAAGCGGGCCUACGGCCCCUCGGGCGGUUUGGAUCAUGACGCCUGGCGCCGCGGGAGCGGCAAGGCGGCGUUUGUAAAGCCGCAACCCGUCGCGCCGGCCCCUGAGCCGCCCAAACCGGUCUUCAAGCGGAAGAAGAAGACGCGCAAGGCGGAGAACAUGCCGCCCUUCGACGCGCCGCGCCUCGACCCGUUCCUGCACAAACGUAAAAUCAAAGGCCCCCUGGACAUUGCGCAGUGCCAGGCGCAUGAGAAAGCGGUGCCCUUCCACCAGCGGGCGUUGCAGAAGAUUGACAUCAAGAAGACGGCGGAUGCCCCGUCACUACUCUGCAUCAUUUACACUUAUAAAGCACAUCACACGAAGAACGCGCGCACAGCCGCCGAAACGUGGCUGCCCCGCUGCGACGGCGCCGUCAUCCUCAGUGAUCAAUCUGAUCAGAACGAGGGUAUUGUUGGAGUGCCCCAUGAAGGUAAAGAGGAGUACAACAACAUCUGGCAGAAGCAGCGGAGCAACUGGCGGUAUAUUUACGAGUACUAUCGGGACGAUUUUGAUUAUUUUCAUAUCGGCGGCGACGACACGUUCGUGAUCGCGGACAACCUGAGGAGUUUUUUGGCAAGGCCCGAAAUUCGAGAACAGAACGACGCCGGCAAGCCCCUGUACCUCGGAAGACGCAUGAAGGUCGGCGGCAACGCGAACCAUUUAUUCAACACGGGCGGCGCGGGCUAUGUCUUCAACCGCGCUGCUUUAGAACUCUUCUACGACUCGCUGGACGAGCCCUUCUGCGCGCCGCACCGCCACGGUUUUUAUGAAGACGUGCUCGUCGCCGACUGCUUCAAGAACGGUCCCUCCCACCUAGUCCCGGUCGACACGCGCGACGCGUCCGGCGCGGAGCGCUUCCACAUGCUCAACCCGGGCCAGCACCUCGCCUACCGCCGGGCGCCCAAGGACUGGGUCACGACGUAUAGUUUCGACCUGCUCGAGGGCCUCGACUACUUCUCGCCCGAGUCGACGGUCUUCCACUACUGCGAGCCGUCCCUCGUCGAGCACAUGGACGCGCUAUUGCAUAGAUGUAGGUAACAUUGUGUUUC